GUUUGAGUAACAAUAUAGCACUUUAUACUGGGUAAAUUUAAUGGGUAAAGUUAAACUAUUUAUUAUAAGCAACUCAUUAUUCUUGUACCACUUCUCCAAUUUUAAUAUGACCUAGACGAUUAUGGAACUUUGAUCAUAUCUUGAUACAGGUUUUGAAUGGUUUCUGAGAAAGCUGUUUAAUUAUUGUGUUAAUCCUUCACUUUUGGCUCAAAAAUAACAUAUUAAUAUUCUCCAAAAAGUAACUAUUUGCAUUACUUGUCAUGAUUCAGUAACAAACUUCUGACAUUUCGUUCUACUUAUUACAGGCGUUUAUUAACUAGCCUAAAUGAAGGCGACAUCAGCCGAACAAAAACGAACUUUGCCGAACUCAUCAGUUUGACACGUUCGUCAGCCACAACAGGUUUCACUUUGUUUGUUAUACUGUGAGAAUUGACAUGUUCAUGUAACAUGUUUUGCCACUAUCAUUAAUGAAGUAAUCUAUAUAAAACUAAAGAUGACUGCAAGAGGGUUAAGUGUCAAUUUAUGCAUGGGUGUUGCUGCAAGAUUAAAAGCUGCUACCCAGUUCUCUGCACAAUAUUGUAUUUAUCAUCAAUGUAUUGACACAAUAGAGCUUACAACUGCACAGACUCUAAUCCUUUCUCUCUUCCAUUGCCUUCUUAAUGGUGACUUUGCGACAAUCCACACUCUACUACCAAUAAUUCCUUACCUCCCUCAACUAAGAUCUUCAUUCAUUGGUGUCUGGUUGAGAGAUGAUUACACAUUUCAUCAGAAGGAUGUUGCAAAGGUUCUGUCCACUCUUGCAAAACUCGUGAAGGAAGGAAAUGUUAUGGUUCCAUUACCAGUUAUCAUAGCCUUUAGUGGACUAGAAGAGAAAUAUGAUGUAUUCAGCUUCUUACGUAAAUCUGGAGAUACAACAGCUCAACAUAUGUUAGCUUGUUUGAACCCUCUAGUCACCAGAGCUACCCAAGUUGGGCCUGAAGGUUUCAAGAAUCAAGAAACAGAGGCAAGAGUUUACACAGAAUCAAUUUCAACUCAAACUGAAAGUCAAUACAAAGAGGUUCCUAUGAUUGGGAUAGCUGGAAAUAGUGCUCAAUCACUAAUAGAAGAGUAUUUGGAUUCUGAAAGAAUGGAAGAUAACAUCAAUAUACCAGAUAUUGAAGGAAAUCUUCCCAUUCAUCGGGCAGCUAUGGAUGGCAGGACAGAUGUCGUUCAAGCUCUUCUCCAGCAGGGUGCAAGGCCCAAUGAUACAAACAGUUUCAAAAUGACACCACUGCAAAUGGCCAUUUCCAGCUGUCGAACUGAUACUAUCAUUUUCCUUUUGUCCCAUGGAGCAUCACUACAAAGUAAAGAUAUAAUGGGAAGGACAGCUCUUCAUCAUGCCGCACACUAUGGUGACCCAGAUGUGAUUAGGCUGCUCUUAUCUCAUCGGGUAAACAAGGAAGCAAAAGACGCUGCAGGCAAUAGGCCACUUCAUUUUGCCUCAAAGUUUGGACACACUCAGGCAGUGCGAUUGCUCAUAAAUGCAGGAGCAAAUAGACAAAUAAUAAUUGCCAGAAUAGUUUCUACAAUGGUUCGUAUAUGUAUGUUAAUUGCGUUAUCCGUUUCUGUUUGCUGCACGGGUGUUGAACUUGAGACUAAGAAAGGGAUCAUCAGAGGAUCGGAAGGUACAUCAAGAAAUGGUAGAUCAUACCGUCAAUAUAUGGCUGUGCCCUAUGCCCGACCUCCUAUUGACAAGCUACGAUUUAGAAAUCCUCAGAUGCAUGAUGGCUGGGAAGGUGUCUUAGAUGCUUCAAAGGAACCUCUACCCUGCAUACAAAAAAUAUCGUUUUCCACUCUUAAACAGAAUUCGACCAUUGGAAAGGAAGACUGCUUAUAUCUAAAUAUCUACACUCCUAGUGAGCCAGAAAAUGAUGAAAAACUUCCAGUAAUGGUCUAUAUUCAUGGUGGAGGCUUCCGGUGGGGAUCUCCUGGUUCCAAAAAUAGUGAAAAAUUUUUCAUGGAUGAAGACAUUGUUCUUGUAACUGUUCAAUACCGCCUUGGAACUUUAGGAUUUUUAUCAACAGAGGAUUCCCUCAUACCUGGAAAUUUUGGUUUGAAAGAUCAAGCAAUGGCCUUGAAAUGGGUAAAAGAAAAUAUUGAUGAAUAUGGAGGGAAUCCUGAUUUAAUUGUGGCUUUUGGUGAAAGUGCUGGAGGUGCUAGUGUACACUAUCUUUUAACGUCUCCAUUAUCAAGAGAUAUCAUUAAAGGAGGAAUAUCUCAGAGUGGUGUUCUUGACGCACCAUGGGCUCUUUCUCCACCUGGCCGUGCAAGGAAAUAUGCUAUGCAUGUAGCUGAUAUGGUUGGCUGUGGAAAAGAUCCAUUACUAGAAUGUUUCCAGUCUCUUCCAGCUGAGCAGUUAGCAGCAACUGAUGCUGAAUUUACUACGUGGGAUUUCGAUCCUGUUGUGGUUUUUCAGCCAGUGAUAGAAGUGAAAAAUAAUGGUGCUUUUAUGAAAGAAGAUCCUAGAACCAUAGAGGUUACUCUACCAUGGGUAACAGGAAUAACAAAUGGUGAAGGAAACUUGAAAUCAGCAGCUCUCAUAAAUCAAGAUCCUUCAGUAUUGGAUUAUUUUAUUGAGAACAUUGAUAAAGUUCUUGCAACUAUAUUGUACAUAGACCCUAAAACACCAAUGGCUGACCAACUUUUGAAUAUGGUGAAAAAUCGGUAUUUUCAAAAUCUUACUGACAAAAAGCACAUCCUGAAAGAACAUGAAAAAUUAUUCUUUGAUUUGUAUUUCGCUUAUCCUAUGAAAAAGGCUCUUGAACGACACACAGGUCCAAAGUAUGCCUACUUCCUCAGCCAUAGACCUGAGCAUUCGAUUACAGACAUGUUCGGACCUAUUAAGUUGAAUUCUUCAAAAGCUUGUCAUGGAGAUGAUACGACGAGCCUGUUUGACAAAUCUGCCUCAUUCCCCAGCAGCAAAGAAAAGCCUGAAGAUAAACAAUUUUCUGAACGCCUCGUUAAAAUGUGGGUCGAUUUUGCAAGAAGUCUGAAAUCCAGUGACCAAAGUUUCAAUAAACAAUGGAAACCUUAUUUAAACAACAACUUUCUCCACUUGAAAACAUAUGAGUUUAUAAUGGAACAAAUUUCAUUGGAUUAUUUGCUGGAAUUCUGGUCCAAAGCAUACAGCCUCAUUAAACAUGUAGAAAAAGACGAACUUUAAUUAUAAAAGUUUGAAAAAUAAGAACUUUGUCACUACUCAUAAUGUUGACAUUUGCUGGAAUCCAAGUGACUGAUUUUUUUAUCAUUUCCCCUUUUUCCGCUGAUCAUAGUGAUGCAUAUUAGGCAACCAAUUUAUUCAUUUCAAAGUGAAGUUAAUAAAUAUGAAUAUAUUUUAUUAUUAUUUACUUCAAAUAGAACUAGAUAAAGACUAAAAGUAUUUACAAGGACAAAAAUCUAACUUUAUAACCUCUUCUUUUCCCUGAAAAUGACUUACAUCAAUAGAAAUAUUGAUUAUUAAUUAAAAAUCAAUGUGUUCAUUUGUGAUUUUUUAUUAAUCACAGUGACUAAUUCACCAUAUGGCCUAUACUAAUUUAGUUCUGCCACACUUACUUAUGACAUCAUACUUUGAUUAGAAUUAAUUACUAUAAAUGAAUGAUAUGCUCACGAACUGAGACCAGUGAUAUUUUGUAACUGACUUACUUGCCCCAAUCGAUAUUCUUAUUUUUUUCAUAUUUUUGCAUAAACCGCUGAAUUAUUAUAUAGUUUUGAAAUAUUUCUGUAUACCUAAAUAAAAAUAAUAAACAAUAUAAAUUGAGAUUAUCUCUUUCAAUUUAAUUUUAUACCUUUUUAGAAAUGUUUGAAAUUAGAAAAACAAGAAAAAUGUUACAUUAUUUUGUAUUUAUUUAUUUUACUUUAGAAUGUCUGCCUAUAAGAUUGGAUUAACCAGAGACUACAAAAUGUGUGUUUUACACAUAUUUUUUUUUUUUUAAUUUAAUAUGGAAAUUAUAAAUAAAUACUUAUAAUAAAUUAUUAAUAAAAUCAUUUAUUUUAGUUUUAUUUACAUUUGUAUAACAUAUUUUAAUGGAAGUAGACAUUUAUUAUAAUACAACUUUUAUUAAUUUACAAUAAUUGCCAUCAGGGAAUAAAAGAUAGCAUUUAUACAUAAGUACACAAUGUUAUAUUAAUAUAUUUCAUAUAUAUAUUAGACAUGAAUAAUUUUUUCCCUUAAUAAAUGAUCAAUCAAAGCAAUUUAUAAAACACUCAAUUUCUUUGUUAAAUUAGCCUAUGAUUUGGCUCAACAGUAUAACCAUUCAAUAAGGACUAUGAAAAACCUUAAAUAAACCAACGGCUAUUCUAAAACACUUUCAGCCCUGAAAAUGACUUACAUCAAUAGAAAUAUUGAUUAUUAAGUAAAAAUCAAUGUGUUCAUUUGUGUUCUUUUGUUAAUCACAGUGACUAAUUUCCAAUUUGAAUUUUAUCUGAUUCAUCCUAUCACAUCAGUCAUUAUCCAAUAUUUAAAAUAUAUAUAUGGUUAAAACAUUAACAAUAAUUUUCAAACCAUCCUCUUAAUGGUUCUUAAUCAAUCACAAUUUUAAUAAACAAUAUUCUGCCCAAUAUGUUUGAAAUGGAAAAAAAAAAAGUAUUUUAUACAGGUAAAAUACAAAUUUAAAUAAUUUUGGUAACAAGAGAAAUAAAUUCUGCACUUUUUAGUAUCAUUUAUGAUUAUUAUUUUAACACUAAGUUACAGUACACUUAUUGAUUUAGAUAAGAAAAUUUAUAUAUGAGUUUUUCUUACAUUGGGAACUAUUUAACAUUUAAUUAAUAUACAUUUAACAAAAUUAUAAUUAAAGUGUUUAUCAAAAUCCUAAAUGAUGAAGCCAUUGAGCUUAAAACUAUUAUUGCUUUAUUUUCUUAUACGAUAUUUUAAUGUUAAGUUUAAUAAUUAUUGUAUCACUAUUUUAUACAAUAAUCUUUUGAAAAUGUAAAUUUUAAUACCACUUUAUUGUCUUUCAGUCAUAAUAUUAUAUAUCAUAUAAUACAUUAGAUUGUUUUAUAUCUGAUCAUAAUCUCUUUAACUAAUACUAUAUUUUUUCACAUAAUCAUAUUACUUAUUUUAAAAUAACAUGAACUAUAUAAUCUUAAGUAACUAUAUAAUCACAGCCACCAUGUUACUCCUACCCUCAUAAGAACAUUUUAACACGUUAUAUCUGCAAGACAGAUCAUGGAAUAAUCUACCACAGAUUUGAUCUUAUUCCUAGAUUGGAGAAAUAUAAAUUUUUGACGAAGCCAUUGGGAAUAAAUUACAUUUAUCACAUAAACACAUAAGAAACUGUACUUAUUAUGUCACAAAGAGUACAGAAUAACUUAAAGCAACCUUCAGGGGUUUAAAAGUGAGCUCACUACACUGCUCCCACUCGUAAUAUUCAGAUAGCUGAAACUUGAUUUAUGUUGUUAUCGCCAUCUAGUUCCGAUUUUUAUUAUCUGUUUUUUUUUUUCUAAUAAUUUCAUCAUUUAUUUUUAAAAUGUGUAUAUGUGAAGGUUAAAAGCUUUUAUUCAAAAGAUAUCAAGGUUCAAAAUUUAAGGUAAUAACCUUAAUUUAAGAUAAUAACAGUAAUGACGUAAUUAUAGAGCACAGAAUAACAUGAGAAGAUGGGGCUGGGGCAGAUACGGGUUUGAUAACCGAAUGAAUUGUCGACAAAUUUUUGUUAACAACAUUUUUUUGUAUGUAAAAUAAAGAAUUUAAAUAUAUUUGCAAUAAAUAAGUCCAUUUGACCUUACAGGAAUUGAGGGCUUCGAGGAUCAUGUUAGUGGGUAGAAUAGAUCCUACCCAAACCCAGAGAUGGGCAAAUACUGUCAUUUUUUUAGUACCAAAUAAUUUAAUUACUGCUUCAGUUGACGUCAAACGAUCAACUGAAGUAGUGAUUGAAUGUCCAAUAGUGAUACAAUUUGAGUAAAAUACUUGGUGCUCAGUACUCAGAAUAGCAUUUGCCCAUCUCUGCCCCAGCCCCAUCUUCUGGUGUUAUUCUGUGCUCUAUAAUUAGGUCAUCACUGUUAUCUUUGAUCUUAAUUGUUUAAUAAAUUAAUAUUUUGGAAAUUAUAUAUUCUUUCAUCAUAAAAUAAUGCACUUCAGACAAUAUAAACAUAAUUAUAGAAAAAUCAUUUAAAAUCAAGGCACUUUCCUGUAAUAUAGUCUAUAGAGUUACUUUUACUUUUUAUCUUUCACAGGAAUCUAUUUUUAAGUGAAAUAUUUAAAAGAAAAAAUAAUUUGCACUUGAAGAACUUAGAUAACAUGGCAAUUCAUUUUUGCCCCCAUGAUCUUUAGUAAGUGCAUAAUUGUACCAAUACUGAUUGUUAAUACUUGAACAAUAUGAACAUUCAUCUUGUUGUCUCUCUUUGUUAAUGAAGUACCAUUUUAAGUUAUAUACUUUAUAGAACUCAAUCAUUCAUAAAUCUAGACAUAAAACUUAGGACUAAUACAAUAAUUGUGAAGACAAAUGUCACUGCAUCCAGCCAGAACAUGCGGAUGUAUGCCCAGUAGGAAGGUUGCUUGUAAUGCGUAAGGAUGUGGAUGAUGCAAGGCAUAGUUGUUGCUAGUGUGCAUUGUGACAUAAUUCCUAGGACUGACAGCACUAGUUGCAAGUCGGGCACCAAUAUUGAAAUAAUUACUGAAAAGAUAUCUUUAUUAGACCAUGUUUUUUUAAAUAUUGUCACAUUAUAUUAUUUACUUAUUUUGUCAUUCAUUGAUAUUUCUCUCUCUCUGGGAAAGUAUAUAAAAAGACAUAAAGUUAAAAUAUAAAGUAAAAAAUGAAAAAAGAGCUAUCAAACUUCUAAAAAAAUAUAUAAAUCAGUUAAGAAACAGCACCGGAAGAAUUGAGGGAAUGCACUGGGCUUAGACAGGCAAAGAAAUUUAUUAAAAGCCCCUCUUCCUCCAAAACAGAGUGGCUGCUGGGCCUAACUAGGAAAGAAAUCCGGCUCAUCAUCAGAGUACUAACAGGCCACUGCAGACUUAAAAGACACUUAAAGAUCUGUAGGAUAGUGGAUGAUGAACUCUGUAAUUUCUGCAGAAGUGCACCUGAAACUGCCCUUCACUUCAUAACGGAAUGUGACCGAUUUGCGUCACUCAGAUACAGACUUCUGGGAGCAGAUAGAAUCCAAGUAUGCAAAGCUGCCUCCAUUAAAUGGUCCAACCUUUUGAACUUCAUUAGAAGAACAAAAAGAUUUGAGACAGAAUAGAGGUACAAUAGACAACCACUGGUAGUAUCAAAGUUUGGGGUUGGCAAAAAGGACCAAUAUGCCCACUUGCCGAACUAAGUCCCCCCACCUGUAUCAGUAACAGCACCGGAUUGGGACCCAUAGCCUUAUCGGGUACUAUGGUGGCCCAAAAAUAUCUGUAACAUAUGAAUGUUUUAAAGAGUCAAAACAGACUGCUUUUACAGAUCAACCUUCACAUAAUCAACUGAUUCUUACCAGAGUGGGAAGGUCUUGGGCCUUCCACAAAAUAUAUUUCAACUCAUCCUUGACUAACGCCACUAGAUUCAAAGUUGUUACGGUUGUGAGCUGUUUUUUUUAAUCAAUUAAAAAAGGUUAUGAGAUUUAAUGGGAUGGGGUGACCCGGCAACCUGAUAGCCGAAGUUAUAAAAAAAUAAAAUAGUUUCGAGUUCAUUUCCUGGUGCAUUAAUCUACUACCCUCACCUCCUGGCCUGGGGAAACCCCGUAUAGCCUACAAAGGGAGGAAAGGAAAGACAAAAAAAUAAUUUAUUAUGAGUUUUAACACUCUAUCUCAGCAUUGGUUGUGCACAUGAGGUUAAAUAUUAUCUGUCUUGCAUAAAAUUAAUAAGUUUAAUUGAUGCACAUAGUUUACAAUUAUAAUUUGUUUUAUAAAAAAGUUUACUUCUAUUUUUUGUUUUUUAAACCACUUCACUCGACCAAUACUGAAUAGUUCCUCUUAAAAUAUUAAAAAGGCUGUGCAAAUUGCUUGAUAUUAAUAAUAGUAAUUGAGUUUUUUGGAUAAUAGCAAUCUAUUUGUGCUAUUUCGAUAAAAAGUUUAUUUUGUCCAUGAUGAUUUUAAAAAGAUUCAAAAGAUAAAGUCAAACUUGCACAUUUUCAGAUUCACUGGAUGUAUAAUACCAAAUUCACGAAAAAAAAAUUAAGUCUCGGAAGUUUGUGGACUGUAUAAAUAUAAAAAAAAUUAAUAUAAAUUGAGAGGCCCAUCAAGAUGCCAUUGGCGGAUCCAGAUGUUAGUGCUCCCUCCUGCCAUUAAAGAAUUAGAAAAUUAUAAUUUUUAGAAUAAUUUUAUAUUCUUAUCCUUAAAAAAAUAAGAUUUGUUCCAUUAUAGAAUAAGUUGGUAUUUUAUAUUUUGAAACUUAUUCUUCCUAAAUGGAAACACAAAAGAAUUCCAUAUGACCCUUAGAAACAGUUUAAUGUUGCUAAUCGUAAGUAUCAUUUUGAGAUUUUUUUAUUUAUAUUUAAAAGGAAUAUAAUAUAAAUCGGUUUUAUUUAUUUAUGUUAGUAGAAUUUUUAGCAGCUCGAUUAUUGAUCUGGUUAUUGGCCUGCUAGGUGAUUUAUUGCCGACUAUGGUAACAUUGUUGUACAGAGGCUUCCUGACGGAUUGCUUCAGGCUUUAUGCCCCACCAAUAAAUCUUUCUUGUGAGAUACCCAAUAGAAUAUAAAUACACCAUUUGGUGUAGUUCAUUAUUAGGUUUACAGCUUAUGAACCUCAAAACUUGAAAACAUUCAAGUGGCCUUUUAGGAUUAUUUUAUUUAUUUUUAUGUUGUAGUAUGACUCAAACUCAUCACAAUCUAUAAAACCAAGAUGAAGGUCAUGAAAAUGAAUCAUCUUUCUUCAUUAAAAUGUAGAUAUAUCUCUCUCAGGAAAUAUUGAAGCACAUUCCAUCUAUGUAAUGUUAUGCUUUGUAAAUAAACUAUUCCUGUGUUAAUGAAAAUUGCCCUAAAAUAUGAAACGGAGUUUUUUAAAAUACAUUAAAAACUUACAAGUAACUGUAACGAAGCUUAUUCUUAGGGUGUACAUUGCUAAAGUGCGAUAUCUGGUUACCCUUUUGUUCAAGUAAUCAUUCCAGAUUACAUUUACUCCAAUAUAUAAUGUAAUGGCCAUGGAAGUAAGCGCUGAUAAAGAAAGGAGAAUCUGUACUGCUGUGCUCACC